AUGUCCAAUUCCAAUGAAUUCCAUAAAACUCAUUCCUCCAUAUUUAGAUGUUUGGAUUGUGAUUUUAAACUCCAUUUAUUAUGUGGUCCAUUGCCUUCUACCAUAAAGCAUGAGAGCCAUAUACAUUGUCUAAAUCUUAUUGAUUCGUGCAUUGAGGAUACAUUUGGUGACUAUUAUUGUGACAUUUGUGAAGAAGAAAGAAAUCCACGAGUUCGUGUUUAUUAUUGUGCUGAGUGCAAAUAUGUUGCUCACGUACAUUGUGUACUCUCUGAGAUUAUAAAAGUAUUAAAAGGAGACCUUAGAGAUGUGAAGCUGAAGACUUUGGGAUCAGAUCUUUUCUAUAAUUCUGCUGAUGAUCAACACACAAUUCAAGCCACAUCAUCUCUUUUCACAUUUAGAGAGUUCAUACGUAAAUUACCUGUAAACGACCUAAGAAUUCUUAAAGGUCAGUUUUAUUGGGAUGAUAAUGAUGAUGAUGAGGAGGACAUGAUGAGUAAGAGAGAAGAUGCUCAUGAUGAGAUUAUCGUAAUUGAGGAGCUUAUCAAAUAUUCUACUCUUGCAAAACAUGACUUUGUGGAGUUUAUCUUCAAAGAGUUUCGUUCUAGCUAUGGCAAAAAGAAGUUGAAACUAAAAGGGAGUGAUCUAGCAUUGAAAAUUGUGGAUGUUGAAGGCUAUUCCAUGCCUUUAAAUUUGAUCUCUGCCAUGAAAGACUUGUUUCACAAACAUGGAGACAUGAGUACACAAUCAAGUUAUUCCAAAGAGUUCAAGAGCAUUUGCUUUUAUUUAAUAUGUAAAGUGGUAAAAGAAUUGCAUACUACUUUGGUCACUGACAUCACUAAACAUCUUCUUCAACAAUGGUAUCACUACAUACACUUUGUAAAGGACUUUACUUACUUUGAGGUGGACUUUGUGUGGGAAUGUCUAAAGAAGAUCACAGGAGAUUUCUAUUAUCAACAAAUGAAUAAGCUGUUGUGUACAGAUGUCCCAACAAUACUAAAAAAGAGGAUUGAUGAGUUGCAGAAGAAUAUAAGUGAGUACCAGAGAUUGUGUGAGUCUUCUUCAACAGAGCAAUCCAUGAAAGAAGGACUGGAAGAGGCAAUGUAUUCCAAGUGGAAGCUCGCAAGUCAAAUUGGAUUUUGAAUAAUAAACUUAAUUUUAUAAGCUUUAGGCAUGCAUAUGCAUGUAUGAAUAAUUAUAACUAUGUAUUUCUUUUUCUUUAUUAAUUUUCAAGUUAUUUAGUUAUAAAAUAUUUAUACAUCUCAUGUAUAUUUUACAAUUAUAAAAGUUUUUUUUUUGGUGUUGA